AUGCAUGCCUAUAAGCUGGGUCGGCCAGCUCCCAAGAUUGGAGACGUGGACCGAGCAAUAGUGUACGUGUCCCUGGCGCCCGGUAUGGAGCCUCCGGCCGGGGCGGAUCCUCCAACGGUCAACGCUGCUCGAUGUGACCAAUACACCAGCAGUGACGAGGAGGGGAGCCGUCCAGCGCCGACCACCAAUGACAGGGUGGCCAGCAAGAGGCCAAUGGCUGCUGAGCCAUCUGCAGUAGAGGCAGUGCCAGCAGCUGCAGGUCCCAUAAUGGGCCAGGGGUCGACCUCGGACACUCGAGCGCCCAAGCGGCGCCGACUUAUCAGAAUUGUUGAUGAUGACAACGAGGAAGAAGAGGCGGCCCCAACUUUGGUCCGCAGACCCCGCAGCCGCCCGGAUGUCGCCCCGAGCGACGGAGGUUGGGUUGCCGGAGAUCCGCCUGCCGCUCACGUUGAGCAGGCGCGACCAGGGGCGGCCGAGACAGCAGCGACGACCGGGAGAGCUAGGAGAUGGUUCUUCACGGCGGCGCACCGAAGCUCCGAUCUUGCUACCUCGGAUGUUGAUCCUGGCAAUGUUGCGGGCUCGAGGACAACUGAGCCAGCAGCUGCCGAUCAUAAUGCCGCAGAACAGACCGUUCGCGAGCAGCCCGUGGAGCAGCCCGCCGUUGUGGCUGUGGUGGAGGUCGCCGAGGAGAACCCGACCCAAGACAAGGCCAGGGCGAGCACUCCGACAAGGGGCGAUGAGACCGUAGGGACACCUCCCCCGAGCAGCAUGGUGGAGGAGGAAGACAAGGUGCCGUCCCCUUCUCCGGCUGAAGAAGGGAGGGCCCCAACUCCAGCCCCAGCGGAGGCUUCCAUGCUGGAGGGCUCCCCUAGCCGGGGUCUGGAGGAGGAGAUUGAGCAUCUCCAAAAAGAGAGGGACCAGCUCGACCAGGAGCGUGCCUGUGCGCUGGAAAGCGAGCACGAGGUUGGCGAGGAGCUGAAGACCAGGAGUCGGGAGCUGGCCGUGCUCAAGGCCAACGCCAAGAAGCACGUCGAGGACCUGGUCAAAGACUGGGACUCCUGGAAGACGAAUUGCAUAAAGCUCUGGAAAGGAGUUGCUCCGGUGCUAGAUCUGAUCAGCCCCGAGCUUCCCGAGGACCAGCCCCGCGCACCGAGGCUGACCCUAGUCAAGAAGGCACAACAUGCGUGGGGCUGGCUUCAGUAG